AUGACGCAUACCGAACGUCCCGAACGGCGAAUACCUAGCGCUCCCCUUUCACUCUCCUCUCAAAAAUCACCACUUCGCGAAACCACAGUCACUGUCUCACCAAGAGACGUGUCAGAGACCGCAAACGAGCCGCAGCACGAUCUGCCCCGCGAACAGUCACUCCGCUUCCCCACCUCCGCUUUCGCCGCCACAACGAGUGCACGCAGCCCACGCGUACACUGUGUAAAGGACCCAUCGACAUCUACAAUAUCAGGAAUGGACACUAUCCUCAAGAGAAACAUGGCCUUUUUCUGGUACUCUGCAUCUCCAAACGUCGAGAAGCUGGGCGACAUUAUCAGCGCUCGUCACCAGCUUUGA